CAGCUCGCCGCUCCCUGGCUUUAUACACAGUUCAUGGCGUCUGGUCGAAGCCUUCAGACGAGUCGCCGUCUGACAAACAGAUAGGCCGGUGAAUUUAGCGGUUGUGCAGGUUUUUGUUAGUGUGACAGGAUGGAGGUGGACACUGUCAGGGGGGAGGAUGAGGGGCGCCUGGUCCAGCAGAGGUUCGAAGCUGCUGUCAAAGUCAUCAAGAGUUUACCCCCGGACGGUCCCUUUCAGCCCUCCAACGACAUGAUGCUCAAAUUCUACAGUUAUUACAAACAAGCCACGGUAGGAGUGUGCAAUAUCCCCCGGCCCGGCUUCUGGGACGCAGUCGGCAAAGCAAAAUGGGAUGCGUGGAGUUCACUUGGGGACAUGCCGAAGGAAGAAGCAAUGACGGCCUAUGUGGAUGAAAUGAAACUGAUCCUGGAGGGCAUGCCCAUGACUGACGAGGUGGAGGAGCUCCUCCGGGUGCUCGGGCCUUUCUACGAGCUGGUGGAGGACAAGAAGAAGAUCUCCCAGAUAUCAGACCUGAGCACAGCCCGUUUGACACAGUUUGCUAGGCAGUUGGAAGGAUUCAGCACGAUGCUCAACUCGGCGCCGCCGAAGAGCGUGACCAGAAGCAUCGUCAGAACCAUGGAAAUGAACGGCACCCUGGAGACCCGGCCCUCCAGGCUCAGACCCCCGCAGGAGGAAGCACAAGAGGAGGAAGAUGACGAGGAGGAGGAGGAUGAAGAAGAAGAAGACGAGGAGGAAGAAGACGAUGACAAUGAAGAAACUGAGAACCUUGAAAUCAGAAAAGAUAAGAAAUUGGCACAAGCAAAGAAAAAAGGCUCAGCCAGGAGGCACAAAGUUCCCCUGGCUAACGGCAAAGUGCUCAACGGGGCCGUUCACCUGACGAACGGGAGUCACAGCAGGGCAGCUCUGAACAGCGACGGCUCCCCGGAGGCCUCGCCGGUCCAGCCUCAGCUCAACGGACACCACACCGAUCCAGGCACGUCUGGACCCCUUCACGUGGCGAGCGACUCUGACAGCGAGGUUUACUGCGACUCCGUGGACCAGUUCGGUCAAGAAGAGAACCUGGAGCUGAAUCGCUCUGUGGAUGACCUGGACGAGGACGACGGCCCCGCCCUGGAGGGGCUCCCGGAGGAGAGCCAGGGGCCGCCGCAGGGGCUCCGGUGUGGAGGAGAGGACGGGGAGGCCGGGGGCGCCGUGUCGCAGAGGCCGAGGCAGAGCGGGGACUCUGCGGGGGGGUCUCUGCUCCGGAGAGGACGGGGCUCCAGGUCUCCAGGCCUCGGCUCGGGGUCCCUGAUGCCCCUGCACGGCGGCGGGGACGGCGACGGAGCCCGCCGGGGGGGCCCGGGGAGCCGGGGGGGCAGCCUGAACGAGCAGAUCGUGGUGGCGCUGUCCAGACUGCAGGAGGACAUGCAGAGCGUUCUGGAGAGGCUGCACACCCUGGAGGCCCUGACGGCCAGCCAGGCCAGAUCGGCAGCUCUCUCUCCGGCGUACGAGCCGCCUCCAGCGAGAAGGAGUCGGAAACCCUCCUGGUGGCCUUUCGACAUUUCACCGACCAGCCUGGCCUUCGCCGUCAUCUGGCCGUUUGUGGUCCAGUGGCUGGUCCGGCUGUACCUGCAGAGGAGGAGGAGACGAAUCAACUGACCCCUCCCUCCGCGCCGGACCCCCGCGGGCUCAGAUGAUAACUCGUCCUGGCUGUAACUCCCUCCCCGCUUUAGGCCCCACAGCCCGGUGAUUUGCUUUUGCACUAUGAGGAAGGCGGCGCGAGGCGAGGCCGCUCUGGUGAGGAUGAGGAGGAUGAAUGUAUCGGCAGCCAGUGAUCUUCCCACCUGUCUUCAUGAUGAUACCACUUUACCAGAACCUGUUUGUUUUUCUCCCUCUGGGUCGAGAGGGGAGAUUUACAUCAGGAAUACUGUCAUUUCCAUUACCGAAAGGUUUUCUUGCAUCAAAACUCAGCCUGUAUUUUUGUUUGUUUUUCUUGCUUGAUGUAAUUUGCCCAGACGUAAUGCUGCUAUGAUAAUAAACACAGUUGUAAAAAAGAGUAGAAUAUAUGUGAGGCUUGAAUGUAAUAAUAUACUGUCCUUUAAUUCAGAGGUUAAUUUAAUAUUUAUUGCUUGUUGGCGACGGCCGGCAGAGUCCAGCCGUGUUUUAAACGUGUAGGUCAGACAAGGUUUUCUUCAUUCGGUCUCCCGUUUUCACUUCACUGCUCUGGAAGAAGUGCCUCGACAUCCAUCCAUCCAUCGCUAGGCGGCGUCACGAGCUCCUACGGUCACAUAUUGUAGCAUCACGACGUAGUUCUGGACCAAAUGGAGAUAAAUGAAACUACCUAGGGAUCCUCUGUGGUGUUUCUCCAUGUGUAAUUUGAGCGUGUAACUUGUCAUUGAGUGUGUGAAUAUUGUGAGGAGGUUUUCUUUGGAGUGAUCAUGAAUUUCCUGCGGAAGCAGCGAGCUCUAAAUUGUAUACAAUAGCUGUACAGUUCAGAUCCAAAUGCAAUAUUUUAAUUGCAUCCCUGUGUAAUAAUAUUGUAGAAUAUUGUAUUGACAGAGUUUAUCAUCUGCAGUAGUACUAAUCUGUCCAGAGCCAUUAUGUUUUAAUAAGAGAAGCGACAGUUUACCUUUCUACUGAGGCUUUUUACACCCUCUCUGCCUGUGGAUAGAGUGGUGUUUGCAUGUGAUAAUCUCAGCCUGAAAUAAAGUUUUCACAAUGCUUUCAA